GUAAAUACGUGGCCGGCCCGGCUGGCCUUUCACCUUUCUUGUUUUUGACAGGUCCUCUGCCACAGCAAAUUUCAAUUAAAAAAAUAUUUAUUCAAAACGUUAUCGAUUCCAGAUUGAAUAUUAAAAAUGGGGCUUUGUAAAUGUCCGAAACGCCGAGUAACGAAUCAGUUUUGUUUCGAACACAGAGUUUGUGUCUGCGAACAUUGUAUGGUAACAAAUCAUCCAAUUUGCAUUGUACAGUCUUACUUACAAUGGCUACAGGACAGCGAUUACAAUUCCAUAUGCGAGUUAUGCAGCAAAGACUUGAAUAAUGAAGACUGUAUUCGAUUAACUUGCUACCAUGUAUUUCACUGGUCGUGUUUGGAUCAUUACUCGAGACAAUUGCCUCCCACAACUGCGCCGAGAGGAUACACUUGCCCUUCGUGCAAGAGCCCCUUGUUUCCACCUUCUAAUCUAAUAAGCCCUGUUGCGGAUGUGCUGAAAGAGAAACUGGCAGGUGUAAAUUGGGCUAGAGCUGGAUUAGGAAUGCCUUUACUAUCAGAAGAAAGGGAAGUAAAAUCGUCUCUAAAUCACGUUAGCCCUCCGCCCAGAAUGACUCCGAGCCCUUCUCAUUCUGUUGUUGCGAUGGGCGAAGAUAUCGGAGCCUUUAAUAGGACAGAUAGUUUCCAAAAUCCCUCGAAUCGUCGAGUGUUUCAAGAUAUUCGAGAUGUGAGACCUGACAGGUUUGAUCACGACGAUAAUAAAUACAAAAGGAAAUCGUUGUUUGAACUCGUUGGAAAUUGGUGGAAAAUUACUUUUGGAGGCUCGUUGAGGCCAAAGGGAAGAUCUACGUGUAGGAGAUAUUUCUUGUUUAGCGUACUGAUUUUGUUUACUAUUAUACUUUUCUUAUUUGUGAUUUCGAAACUGGGUAGGUAUUCAGUAGAAAACGAUCCCAGUUUGGAUGUUGCUAAUAAUCAAUUCGUUAAAACUAGAAAUUAGAAAUAUGGUGAAAAUUAUUUUAUAGGAUAUGUGUCAUUAUUACAUGUAGUUUAAAAUUUUGUAUAAUUAUUUAAAAGCUGAUUUGUAUAUAUUGAGUAUGUGUAAUAAAUUAAUAAGUAGUUU